GCAAUGAUCGAGAAUUGUAAUGGAGUAAUGGAGGGAUAUUGGGCCGUCAGUAGUCAGCCCAAUGGACAUUGUAGUAGUUGGCCCACUGGACAUAGGGAACUGUAGGAGAAGGAAUUAAAUAGCGGCCUUGGAGAACGAAAAGGAAAGAUGGUGAAUGCUUAUCAUCCUCUCCUCCGCCAAUAAGGAAGGUGGGAGAGAGAGAACAAAUGGCAUUAGUCCCUCUUCUUCAUUGUUGGCCAAUCCCCUCAGACCCCAUUCGAAUUCUCCAGAAGCGCCGGCCAACUGCUAAUUAUCUUGCCAUACAAACCACGCAAGGCCAGUCCCUAAGUACCGCUUCUGCUUCUCAGUCGGAUGUUCGACGCCUCGUGUUACUUCGUCAUGCCGAAAGUUCUUGGCAUAAUCGUUCCCUUCGAGAUCAUGAUAGACCGUUGAGUGAUACUGGUCAGAAAGAUGCAGUCAAGGUCUCCCAGAAGCUCCAACUGCUGGGAUGGAUUCCUCAACUAAUCAUUUCAAGUGACGCCCGGCGAACUAGGGAAACGCUAAAGAUUAUGCAGGAGGAAGUUGAAGGUUUUCUGGAAGCGGAGGUACAUUUCCUUUCCAGCUUUUAUUCUGUGGCAGCAAUGGAUGGGCAGACCGCAGAGCAUCUUCAACGAGCCAUUUGUGAAUACGCUAGAGAUGAGAUACUAACUGUCAUGUGCAUGGGACAUAACAGGGGAUGGGAGGAGGCAGCAUCAAUGCUCUGUGGUGCGUCGGUGGAACUCAAGACUUGUAAUGCUGCUCUGCUUCAAGCUGAUGGAAAAUCAUGGGAAGAAGCAUUUUCUUUGGCAGGAUUUGGUGGAUGGAAGCUUCAGGGCAUAGUAAAACCAGAUGGCGGUCUUUAGAAUUUCGCUAUUCCUUUUACAUUAGUUACUCCUGGCAAUCUCAUUCCAAAUUUCCAGUUGUAGUUACUGGGUGCUAAGCUGGGUUGGAUGAGGGUAGAUAUCGCAUGUCUGCCGGAAGGAAAACACGAUUGAGCCGAAGAAUUGAAUGCGCACUGUCACACGGUGCUUUCAAAUGGCAAAGCUGGAUGUGUUCUUUGGUGGUGUGGGAGAGUUUGCAGAUUGGUAGACUUAAAAAUCAAAAUAAAAAAAGUUCUCCUCCAGAUCUCUGGAGAGUAUUAUGGAAAUAUCAAGGGCUUGUUGCCCAACACUUAUUCGGCAUUUUUAUUUCAUUUUACUUCUUAAAAUAUCUCUCAAAUACAAAUUCUAAUACUAUUCAAACAACUUUUUUAUUUAUUUUUUAAAAAAUAUUCUAAAAAUUAUUUUUAUACAAUUUUCAUCCACGACCAUCCGUCGCCACCGGACCGCCCACCGUCGGCCGGUGACCGGUCGGCCGGAAUCUUUCUGGCGGCAGUGGGUGGUCCUGCAGCGGCCCCAGUGGUGGAGGUGGUCCGAUGGUGGUCUAAAAGUAUUACUCCCUCCAUUCUAAAAUAGAUGUCGUUAGAGGAAAAUUUAUUUUUUUCAAAAUAUAUGUCGUUUUUGCAUUUCGAAGCAUGUUUGGUCAAUUUCUUCCAACAUUACUCCUACAUGGGAAAUUGUAAUUGUGUUUAAAGUAAAAGUAUAUUAAAACUAAAUAAUAUUGGAAAUAGGAUUUCAUUGAAAGUAAAUGAGGG